AUGUAUCUUAUCGUCUUUGUCAUACGCGGCCGAAGCGCACUAGGCGAGACGAUCAUCGUUAAUAAAUCGAGAAGACGCCCUUCGCGGGCCAAUUACGGACGUGUCGGUCCCAAUUCCGAGGCGCCCGAGCGGGUGGCCGGCGCCUGGGCGGAGCUCAGCCUGGUGGGCCCUCGUAUCCUCGGCGCGGUGGUUCAACGCCCCAUCAGCGGCCCGCCGUCUCCCAUUCGCCCGAUUAGCGCAACGCGAGAGGCGCGCGAAACGAUGGAGCGGCCAGCCAAAUUGUCGCGCGUCGCAAACAUAUUGUCACCAAAGGGCCGAGCACCGACUUAUAUGCGCGUGUAC